AUGCCGAGCAACGACAGUCACGACGCCCAGUUGCUGCGGCACUACGCCCAGUUUUUUCCAAACGUGCUCUUCACGUCGGAGGAGGAGAUGGAGAAGUACUGCCAGGAGGCCAGGCCCGAUGCGGUGAAGAAGGCGCUUGACCUUCCGGAGGGGGAGGAGGUCCCGGAGGAUGUCAUGAAGGACCCCCGCGCGCACUUGUACAUACUAAAACACAUUGUGGGACGCAAUGCAACCACGGCGGCGUUUGUUGCCCUCCGAGGUUCUGAUAAGCAAAAGGUAGUGGCGAAGUUUAUUAUGUUGAAUGACGAGAAGCAGACGGCGUAUGCGCGGAGCGAGGUUCACUGCCUGGCCGCCUGUGACCACUUUGGCAUCGUCAAGCACUACGAUGACCUGAAGUCGGAGGAUAAACUGCUAUUAAUCAUGGAGUACGGCAGUGGCGGUGACCUUAACAAGCAAAUCAAACAGCGUCUCAAGGAGCGGCUGCCGUUCAAGGAACAUGAAGCGGGUCUCUUAUUCUAUCAAAUUGUUCUGGCAUUGGACGAGGUGCACAGCAGGAAAAUGAUGCAUCGGGAUUUGAAAAGCGCCAAUAUCUUUUUGAUGCCCACCGGCAUUAUCAAACUGGGUGACUUUGGUUUCUCCAAGCAGUAUACAGAUUCUGUCUCGCUAGACGUUGGCUCAUCGUUUUGCGGGACACCUUACUACCUCGCACCAGAACUUUGGGAGCGAAAGCGAUACAGCAAAAAGGCUGAUAUGUGGUCACUUGGGGUUAUCCUGUAUGAGCUUUUGACGCUACACCGCCCCUUCAAAGGUCCGUCCCAGCGUGAAAUCAUGCAACAGGUGUUGUAUGGCAAGUAUGACCCGUUUCCGUGUGCCGUGUCUGAUGGAAUGAAGGCACUUAUGGAGCCUUUGCUCUCGAAGGAUCCCGCGGUGCGCCCCACCACUACACAGCUCUUACAAACCGAACUCUUGAAGUAUGUGGCAAAUAUAUUUGAAGAAAUUGUAAGAAACUCCGAGGUCAUCGAGAAGCACGACAAGGAGCGCAUCCUCAAGCAACUUGCCGAGGCACGGGCGAAGGCGCCGCCCCCGAGUGCCGUUCAACCAGGUGCCGUAAGCACCGACGUGGUGCGUGAAGGCUACCUUCUAAAGUACAGUUCAGAUAUGAAGUGGAAAAAGCGAUACUUUUCCAUCAAAAAUGGGCAACUGCGCAUUUCCCUCACUGAUAACCCCGAGAAGGAUGGUGUCUCUCCAAAGUCUGCCAGUCUGGAAACGGUCAAUGAUGUAUUUCCGGUGCCGGAGGCCUACUGUCGCUCUAACCCGCAUCAGCUUGUGAUUUGGUUCACAAAUGGUCAAAAAAUCAUUGCCAUGGCAAAGUCCGCGGAGGAGCGCGAUCUGUGGAUCUCCGACUUUCAACGAGCGUGUGGUAUGUAA